UUGCUUCGUGUGAAUACAUGUACAAAGCGUAAAUAGCGCAGGAGCGCAAGUUUUCAUGCGCAGUGGACUCUUCCUCAAUUUCCCUGGUCGAUCGUGGUUUUCCAUUUAGUUUUUCAGCUGAUCACGCUUUCUACAGCCGCAUAGCAGACCGUCCGUGUCGCGGGUCAUGUGCGAAACUGUCGCAGCGUAGUGAAAUCGCUGAGUGAUUGUGUUGUGUAGUUGUUGCAUUAGCUAGUGCCAGUGAAAAUGUUUUCAGGACUCACUAAUCAGGUCAGUUCGUGGAUGGGAGCUGCUAAGGGCGAGCCCCAAGAUGAGGAAGUCCCAACCCCAACGAAGGAAGCGACUGGGGAAGCCUCCGCAGCGGCGGCGGAAGGCGAAAAGUUAAGUCCCACAAAAGGAGGCAGUAAGCUGGACCUAAUUACCAAUGUCAAGUCACAGAUGACUGGCUGGCUUGGCUCUGGAAUCCCAAUUCCUGGUCUAAGAAAAAAUGAGCCAGCUCCAGCGGAACCUGAGCCUGCCCCAGUGGAACCAGCAGAGGCAGUGGAACCAAGACCUGAGGGCAAAGAUGAUGAUGAUAAUUCUAGGUAUAAUAGCGCCACUGGUGGAGCGGACAGCAGGCCAGCUUCCACUGGCGGCACCCCCACUGAGGAGCAGCCUGGAGGCGUCGGAAACGGUGGCCAGAGUAGAAAACUGUUUACAGUUGAUGCUAUUGAAGUUCCUGAUAUGCAAGAGUUGACAACCAAGGCGGUUGCCGGAGCCAAGUCCCUGGGCAACUUCUUGUACUCCGCCGUGAACAAAGCCGGAGCUAAAGUGAGCGAGGCCAGCGCCAAGAUCAAGAAGACCGUCGAGGAAAAUAAAAACAAGACUAGCAUCUUGGGCGAGUUCAACCGCGAGCAGGAUGCUUUCAUCAAGGGGCAGGAGGGCCGUGGCAGUGCCGCCGCCGUGCCUCCCUGGGUGGGCGCCCCUAACGAGGCCGCCCUCAAGGAGGAGUGCCUGUCUUUGUCUACUGACCGACGGAACUUUGUGCGCGCGCCUCCCGCUGGUGUGGAGUUCGAUUUCGAUUACGACAAGAUGUACCCAGUGGCCGUGGCCAUCAUGGGCGAGGAUCCCAAUCUCGAGAAGAUGCGCUUCGAUCUCGUGCCAAAAGUCAUCACGGAGGAGAAUUUCUGGCGGAACUAUUUCUACCGCAUGUCGCUGAUCUGCCAGGCUAACGAGGCGGACGCGGCUGCUGGACGCCAGAGCAGCGCCGAGGACUCCCAGGACGACGAUAAAUCGGCAAGCGACAAUCAGAUAGCCAAUGAGAAAUCGUCACAAGAAUCAAUUGAUGACGUCAAGAAACGAAUAAAGUCGUUGAAAGUCGAUAGAGAGAAUGACGAUGAACAAUGGGAGAAAGAACUUGAAGCCGAGCUGAAUGAGUAUGAGGUGGUAGCAGACAAAGCCGGGGACGACAAACAGUGGGAGAAGGAAUGCGAAGACCUACUCGGAGACGACAUGGACCUCAAGUAGACCGCGGUCUACUGAAAAGACCGGAGUAGACCAUGGACUUAUCAAGCUGCGCAACUCACGAUAGACUGGCCCUCUAAGAUAAGAUGAUUUGUUUUUAAUUAUAUCAUAUUUAAAUAAGCUUUUUUAUAUGUUGUUAUAAAUUUUAAUUUUAAUGUUGAAUGAAAAAUUGGGAUGAAUCGACUGUACAAAUUAAUUUCUUUUAUCAAUUAUAGGGGCUGGUCAUAAUUAAAAGUUGUCGAACGGAGCUCAAUUAAAUUCUUAUGACAUUAAGUAAGGGUGCAUUGACCUCACAGCGCGGCGCGUGUGUAUAUGCUUGUGAUUACACUCUUGCGCACUGUGGGCCAUGGAGGCUGUAGGGGUGUCAGAGAUUAGAUAAUGCGUGUCUGAUUAGAUUCAACUGUUACGUAGAUUGUAGUUUGUAUUUACACACUCCUGAACUUAGGGCGGGAGAUAAUUACAAAUAUAGAAAAUGUUUUGCUAAUAACUGUCUGUAACCACUGUGCCAAGCUCUUCGCACAUGGAGAAAGAAUAACUAUAUACAUUAUAUUCGAAGCAUAUUGGCUUUACACAUUCUUGUUUAUAUUUUUCAAGUUUUUGGGACAGUCACCCGAUAUCUUCUCCCGCCUUGGGCGAGGCGAGAGGGAGUGUUAAACUCUACUAACUAAAAACCACCCCCUUCCUACUCCUGUUUUUCGAGUCGGAGCCUCGGUAGGCAGUCCGCAUUUAUAUUGUAUUUAAGUUCGCCAUGUUUCUAUAUUUAUCUUUACUUCCCUUAUGUAGUCUGUACAGAAACAAAGUACAUAAUAGGUCUUUACCUAUAAAAUAUCAUCAUACACAUGCUGAACUGAUGCUUAUUUCAGCACAUACUGGCGUUAAUGUACUACUACUGUCUAUUACUCAGUGCUUUUUCUCUUGAUAAAUGCCUUUUUUCUUUUAUCUUUCAAAAUUCCCGUCCUUAUAUAAUAUACAUAACUUAUAUAUGUAUAUAAAUUGGAGUGUUGAUAACUAGGCAGCUUUCUAGCCACCGACGUCAUUUUUAUCAUACAUAGUAUCAACAUAAAAAUAUCAUAUAUCAUUUGACAGUGAAAAUAGCAUUGUUAAUGUGUCAUUUGGAUGAAAUUCCUGUGCAGAUAGGGCGAGAUAAGGUUUAUUGAAAUAUUAUUAUAUAUGACUUUAUUGUUUAAUAAUAAGUCACUGAAAUAGAACAAAUAUAUGAUAUAAUAUGUAUUGUGUAUGUAUAUGAUAGUGAAGGAUAGACAAUAUAUAUGUUUUAGUGAUAGGUAGUGUUGUAUGGUAGUACUUGGGCUACAGUCCUGACUUUAAUAGAUUUUCAACCUUAUCCUUAUGUAUUAAAGUUUAAAAUAGAUUGAUGUAAUUUCUGACUUUAGUCAUAAAUAUUGUCGGGACUUUCAGUUCCCGUGUUACAUCUAAUAUGUACACCUCUGUCUACUCUGUAAUGGUAUAAGGCGUGAUGUUACAUUGUGAAGUAUGGCCCAUUGGAUGCAAGAGGUCAGGCCUAAUGCUUACGUUACAAAUUGUACCUAAUUAUAAUUGAAAUAUGAGCUAGUUUGUAUUACCCUGCAAUUUAAGGGUAGUCGAAUAGCUUUUACUGCCGCACUGAGAGAUAUUUAAUGAUUACUUAAACUAUUCCUUAGCAACGCUUACUUCUAACGCGAAAAAAAAAAUGCUAAGGACUGGGUUAAGUAACCAUUAAAUGACUCUGAGUACGGCGGUUAGUGUAAUAUUAAAUAUUUCAACUUUCUAAUUAUAUUAUGCAGUGGAUGUUUGGUAUUUCGAUACUAAGCUUGAAGAAAUAUUGGGUUCGAUUCCCAUAUUAGGCAAAGUAAAAUGUAGAAAUCGUGAAAAAACUGUAUUGAUUCUAAGUCUAUAAAUUCAUAAUAUUGUGUUAAUAGAGAAAUUAUUCCAAAACAAAUUUUGUAAAAUCUUGUGCUUCUCAGUGUAAUGUGAAUUGCAGAAAUAAUAUCAGUUUCAUAUAACCAAAUAAUCUUUGGUUUUAAGAUGGUACAAUAAAAUAAUAAUGCCUACUUAUAUACUAGGACAUUUUUCCUCAUUGCAAUAAUAAUCUAAAAGAGAAGUCGUUUAAAUAAUCUCUGGGAUAUAAAAACUAAUCCCGUUUUUAUGUAGACGCACCGUAAUAUACACGAUAUUGUAUUUAUUUUGGAAACUAGUGUGCUGGUUAGUUAUUAUUAGUUUAUUUAAAAAUAAUUAUGAAAUGUGUGUGUGUGUGUGUUUCUUUAAAAAAAUAUGAUAUAAAAAGUUUAUGGCGUAUAAUACUAUACCUGCUGAUUAUUUGGUUUUUGUAUAUUUUUAAGCUUAACAUUCCUACAUAGUAUUAAAUGUAUCAUUUUCUGAAUGAUCGGGUUUCUUUGACCCAUAUGGGAUAACUUUGACAAUAUUCUAAAUUUUAGCUUCGUGAUGUCUUCAAAAUAAUUUUCUCUAUAAACGUCUAUGAAACAGUUAUAAAAAUAGCAGUAAGCGAUAACUUACACGUGAUUUGCGAAUAAUCGUGUAACAAUUUUAUUUGCAAUAAAUUAUGAGUGAAGCUGUAAUAAAAUGAUUAUUUCAACGACUGCGCACUGUGUUGCACGUGAAAAUAAUCGAGGAAAAAUUGUUCUCUUAGUAUGUCAGUAGGCAUUCACGUUCAUUGAUAAAAAUGUCAAAGAUUUUGCAUAAAAAUUACUUGGAACUAUAAAUAUAUAGUAACUGUAAAUUAUGACAAAAAAUAGUGCACAUUUUGGCACAUAAAAUAACUGUAGAAGCUCUAGAUUUCUAAAAUAACACAUCUAAAGUAUAACAUUUAUUUAUCUUGUUAACCAGCUUGCCCAAAUGUGAGAUAUUUGUCACUUAAACUUAAUAAUUGACACUUGUAUUACCAAAGUUAUGACAAACAGAUUGACGGUGUCAUUAAAUUGUAUGUAGAUAUUAAUGUAAAGUUAUGUCGUGUUCGUUACAUCUAUUGUAAACAUUCCUAUUUCAUUGAAAUUAAAAUGAGUGUUCAUCUCGA